AUGGAGGAUGAUACUGUCAUUCGAAUCUCAGACCCUCACUGCUACUACAGCUCUAACAUGACGCGAUUUAUUUAUAACACUUUACAACUUCUUCUGAUAUAUAACACAUUUGCUUCGACAUACGAGCGUAAUCUUAAUCAGUGGUGUUUGCCAACGAGAUCGUCACAUCAAGGAACCAGCUGGUUUAAUCAGAACAUUCACUGCAUAACCAAAAUUCUCCAUAUCUUUCACCUACAGUACGUUCUCGAUUUGAUUUUGCACACGACCGUCGAAAAUCCACUUUUUGAAGAUGCGCUUGCUGAACUGAUCUGCCGUCGAUCUCGUGCUUCCUGGCGACUGAUGAAAAAUCCUCGGGCUCUCCCACCGUUCAAAAAAACCACCAUGACCAGUUUAAUGACGGUAAAAGUGUAA